AGAUAUUUGUUGUUUUUUAGCAGACAACAUUUUUGUAGAUUUAUUGCCUGCAAAAAUUCAUGUAAUGGCAAGAGUUCUUAACGUUGGAAUUGGAGUAUUUAUCCUGGCUUUUAUAUGGGCUAUAGCCCUAAUAGCAUUUGUCUUGGUAGCUAGAUCAAGAUCCAGCGCAAAAAGUAUUGGUAUAGGAAUGAUAUUUCUGGCUAUAGUUAUUACAAUUAUAUUACUACUUAUACCUCGAGGGAAAGUGACAGAAGAUUCCAAUGUUGUUUACGAUGAAUUUUCCGGUCCAAGGAUAGCAAGUUUAGUUCUUGGAUCAAUAUUCAUUUUACUGGGACCAAUAGCGUGGUUCCUAUUUUAUGGUCUCCUCCCGCUGCGGGCAAUAAACCUUCGAAAGUUGAAAACGAUGAUAUUAACAUUUUUUGGAAUUAUUCUUUUUCCUAUCGAAUUUGAAAGCAUAAUAAAAGAUUUUAGCGAAGAUGAGAAAAAAAUGUUUCGGUCAAAUAAAGAUUAUGAUCCACAUAGAAUUAUGAUAAAAGCACUGAACAAAAUCGACACUUUAAUGAUUUUUAGAAUAAUUUACAUCGAUACUUUCAAGAGAAUCUUCCGAAAAGAAUUAGAAAUGGAAAAGUUAAUAAAAAAUGACCCUAGUAUUGUAGAAAAUCCGGUUAAGAAUCCUGUUUUUUUGAUUGGUUUACCUAGAACUGGAACUACUUUAUUACAUAAUCUUCUCCAUCUGGAUCCUAGAUUGAAAAUACCUUUGAAUUACGAGUUAAUGUUCUUCUCCAUGUAUGCAGGAGGAGCAAAGGAAGAUGAUCCACUGUUUCAUAAACAUACAGAGGAUAUUAAAAUGUUUACCAACUGCCUGGCUCCAUCUUUCACUCAAGUACACGACUAUUCCGCUGGAGAACCCGAAGAAUGCCACACACUUUUUGAACAAGCUGGAAUUUCCUUUGAAAUAUUUAGCAUUUAUCCUGACAAUGCUGUUUACGAGUACAACAAAUAUAUGAUAGAAGUUAUCGAGUCUUUAGAACUUCAGAAACAGCUCUACAAUAGAUAUGAGAAGCUUGUACAAGUUUACCUUAGGUAUGUCAAAGACCAAAAUGUGCGGUACGUUGCAAAGAGUAGAUUACACAACUUCUAUCUAGAAGCUUUAAUUGAGAAAUUUCCUGAUGCUAAAUUUGUGGUAACUCACCGAAGUAUGCAAAAUGUUGUUCCAUCAUGGUCCACGCUAUAUGAUGUUGUUAAUAGAGAGGAUUGGAGACUCGACUUUACCUCCUAUGAAAUCGCUAGAAAGUGCAUGUAUCAUCUUAAGCAUCUUAGCGGAAAGGCCAUAGAAAAUAGGAAAAAGCUAGAAGAAAGAGGCUUUGGUGAUAGAUUCACAGAUAUAUCUUACACAGAUCUUGUGAAAGAUCCAAUAAAUGAAAUGAAGAAAGUCUACAAACAAAUCAACUUAGAAUGGACUGACGAGUGUGAAAGCAGAAUAAAAAAUUACAUGAGUUUAUCAAAACAAAAAAGAAAGAAAGUAGGAGUUAAAAAAUAUACUUUAUCUCAGUUCAAGUUGAGUCCGCAACAAAUUGAUAACGAAUUUAGGCAUUAUACCGACUUCUUGGAGGAAAGGAAUAUUAAAGUAUAA